AUGUCGAACUUGGUAUCGAAAAUUGAAAAUCUUUUAUUAAACGGACCUUUAGAUGCAGUUUGUGGUGCAAACAUUGUUUAUCUGGCAAUGAAUGGCAACCAUUUGGGUAGAUAUGAAGACAUCAGAACUUUGGCAGAUCGUGCGGUAAGCUCAGCAUUGACGAAAAUAACCAAUACAGAGCGAAGAACAAAAAUCUUGGAGGUUCUACCAGAGCUGAAGGUUGGGGAGUGCCGGCCUGGAAGAGCAAUGUCGUCAGAUGUUGAAGGUUUCUGCUCCUCCCUAGCUGUAUUUUGUGAUCACAAAUCUAAUAUACCGGUAUAUCUUAUAUCUUCUGUAGAUGAUGAUUGGGAUAGGGAAUUGCCCGAAGACCAUUCAAGAGAGCAAAUAGAACGAAAUCUUAACAUCUUGAAAUCCAAGCUCGAGAACCCUGUGUUGGAACGUGAUGCGGACCUUUAUGGCACUCUCAGGACAAAUUUGGACAAUAUUGACCAAUCGGAGCUCUCGUGGAAGGAUCCAGAAGCAAGCAUGGUAAUCAGUGAUAAAUCGGAGAUACUGAAAGGAUUGAAAGUGAAACAGAAGCGUCAAUUUAUGUGCAGUGAGUUUGUGGAAAAUUUCGGUAACACAAAUGUUUCAAGAAAUAUAGGGAAUACUGUCCAUAAUAAAUCGUGGAAAGAAAACGAAUCGGAGUUAUUGAAAAUAGUAGAACGCAUUCUAGGCGUGCUUGGAGAGAUCUGGAGUAAUCCAGCAUUUGCGACUACUAUGUCUCGUAACCAACAAAGCGAGGGAACAUAUAUAACAGAUAUUAUUGUUCCAUUACUUCGGGCAAGUUUGGGAAACCUUCCAAAUGGUUACGUCUGCUUGAGCACAGCAGAACGUCAGAGUCUUGCAAGCAAGGCUCGGAGAAACAUAGGAGUCGAUGGAGAGC